AUGCCACGAACACUUCAACAAAAAAAUAUACUAAUUAAAUUUUUUAAAAAUUUAAUUUUAAUUUUUUUAUUAACCCUCUUACUAAUUCCAACAAUAAAUUCUUUUGACUAUUUCGACUCAACAUCAAAACAAAAACAAAAUUCUUUUAAUUAUUCAAAUUUAUUAAAAUCAAAAAUUAAUGAAAAAAUAAAUGAAGGGGGGAAUAAUUCUUUAAAUAAUUCUUUACCUUUAAUUUCGAAUUUAAAAAUGCCCUCAAAUUUGGAAAAUGUUAAUAUUGAGAUUCAGUUACGUGGAUAUUCCAAUCCGGACUUCCGAUUACCUCAGGGGAGGCUGUGUACUUGCCCUAAAGGCUCUUUUGGUGAACAUUGUAUUCAGGGUGAGGGGCAAAACAUCGUCCGGACAAAAUACCGUAUGGACAUUAGAAGGCCUGUGGUUGGUUUCACCACCUCGUACAAUUGCUCUACCGGCUGAGCUACCGGGGCAUUACUUUCACCUUUAAAACUUAAGCACUCGUCUAGUAAGUGUUU